AUGAAGGAAAGUGUGGAAAACCCUCUUUAUCUCAAAUCAUUGAACCAUAUAUCUCUUGUGAGUAGAUCAGUGGAGGAAUCCAUUGAUUUUUAUCAGAACAUUCUUGGGUUUGUUCCAAUUAGGAGACCUGGAUCAUUUGAUUUCAAUGGGGCAUGGUUGUUCGGAUAUGGAAUUGGGAUACAUCUUUUGCAAUCAGAAGAUCCAGAAAACCUACCAAAGAAAAGGAAAAUCAACCCCAAAGAUAACCACAUUUCUUUCCAAUGUGAGAGCAUGAAGGCAGUGGAGAAGAAGCUGAAGGAAAUUAAAAUGGAACAUGAGAGGGCAAUAGUGGAAGAGGGUGGGAUUUACGUGGAGCAACUGUUCUUCCAUGACCCAGAUGGGUUCAUGAUUAAGAUAUGCAACUGUGAUAACUUACCAGUCAUUCCACUACUUCGAUCAUGCUCUCCUGUUGAUUAG